CCAAAGCCCAGCUGCUAUUCCUUGUCACAUUCUGCAGAACAUGAUAGCCACACAAUUUGUGUGGGAACGAAUUCGGGUCCUUUCUAAAUAAAAACAAGAAGAACAGAUUGUGUUUUGCGAAUCGGGAGAUUUUAAAAACAAGAAGGGCAAGAUAUCUAACAAAUCAAGUCGUGGCGCAUUGGUGGUGUUGCGCGGUGGCAAACAUAAGUAGAUAGGCAGACAGCAGGCUGAUUGUCCCGUUUGAGCUCUUGCCUUGGGCAGACAAUCUUCCUUACCCCAGAGGACGAGUUGGAACUAAAUACGGAAUUCCAUUCGGAUUUAUCUGCAACUGCUCUCUUUUGUCUAUUCUGAUGUGGUUGCAGUGUUAUUGAAAUGGACUGGGACCCCUUUGCGUGAUUUCAGGUAUUCGUGUAAUUUGUAGGGUAGCCUAUAUUGGUUUGGAUCUUGUUUAUUAUUUGAGGAAGGCCAUUGAACUGAUAUGUCUGACUGAAGUUAUUAAGCUUUUUCGAUCAAACAAAUAAUUUGGCGAAUUCCAGACCUCAAGUUUGACAUCAUGUUGACCAUUCUUUUGAACGAUGUGUUCAAAUUGAGUGUAGGUGAAUAUUCCAUACAUUUAUUAUAGGUUUGCAUCGGAUUGACCCGACCAACUAGUGGAUCCGAUACCUCAAGUGUGUCUAUGAACGGAUUUAUUCCCUUUCUUAAUCCAUUGCCGUUUUGACCAGUUUGCAGCCUUUCUACUACCUCUGCUGGUAGCAAACUGAAAACCACAAGGCUGCUGCUCCUAUUUUCUUGUGCCCAAGUCAUUGAGCGCAGCAGUCAUUAUUUCUCUCAUCUGACAAUAAUCCUCACGCUUUCUCUCUACAUAUGAUGUAUGAGAGUGUGGACGUCGUGGGACUGAAUCCCAGCCCGAACCCGUUUUUAAUGAUGGAUUACUACAACCAGAGCAGAGGAUGUUUGAUCCCGGAGAAAGGACUUGUGUCUGGAGUGCCCCAUCCCUACAGCUCGUCCAUCAGAAACCAACACUGGAACGGCUCAAAUCACUCUAUAGAGACGCAGAGUACCAGCUCAGAGGAGAUAGUGCCGAGCCCGCCGUCGCCCCCUCCUCCCCCGCGGGUCUACAAGCCCUGCUUUGUGUGCCAAGACAAGUCCUCAGGAUACCACUAUGGAGUCAGCGCCUGUGAAGGCUGCAAGGGCUUCUUUCGGAGGAGCAUCCAGAAGAACAUGGUGUACACGUGUCACCGGGAGAAGAACUGCAUCAUCAACAAGGUCACCAGGAACCGCUGCCAGUACUGCCGCCUGCAGAAGUGCCUGGAAGUGGGCAUGUCCAAGGAGUCGGUGAGGAACGACCGGAACAAGAAGAAGAAGGAUGAGAAGAAGCCGGAGUGCACUGAGAGCUACGUGCUGAGCACUGAGACGGAGCAGAUGAUCAACAGGGUCAGCAAGGCGCAUAAGGAGACCUUCCCUUCCCUCUGCCAGCUCGGCAAAUACACUACGAGUAACAGCUCGGAGCGGCGUGUGGCUUUGGACGUGAACCUGUGGGACAAAUUCAGUGAGCUGUCCACCAAGUGUAUCAUCAAGACGGUGGAGUUCGCCAAGCAGCUUCCUGGCUUCACCACGCUCACCAUCGCUGACCAGAUCACCCUGCUCAAGGCCGCCUGUCUGGACAUACUGAUUCUGCGGAUCUGCACGCGCUACACACCGGAGCAGGACACCAUGACGUUCUCGGACGGCCUGACGCUAAACCGGACCCAGAUGCACAAUGCCGGCUUCGGACCGCUCACCGACCUGGUGUUCGCCUUCGCCAACCAGCUCCUCCCCCUGGAGAUGGACGACGCUGAGACUGGGCUGCUCAGCGCCAUCUGUCUGCUGUGUGGAGAUCGGCAGGACCUGGAGCAGGCUGACAAGGUGGACGUACUACAGGAGCCCCUACUGGAGGCUCUGAAGAUCUACGUGAGGAAGAGGAGGCCUCACAAACCACACAUGUUUCCCAAGAUGCUGAUGAAGAUCACCGACCUGAGGAGCAUCAGUGCCAAAGGAGCCGAGCGUGUCAUCACCCUGAAGAUGGAGAUCCCGGGCUCCAUGCCCCCUCUCAUCCAGGAGAUGCUAGAGAAUUCUGAGGGUCUGGAGAGUGGGGCCACAGGCUCCCGGACCAGUGGGGCCCUCCCAGGCAGCUGCAGCCCCAGCCUAUCCCCAAGUUCCGCCCAAAGCAGCCCCAGCCCCACCACGCAGUCACCGUAGCAAGCCGCCCUCUUUUUCGCUCAUCCCCCUCUUUCUCCCUGUGGUUGUGGGGUCCUCAAUGGACACAGAGACUGGCGUGUUCUUGAGUGUUCCGCCCUAUGUGCGAUACACCCUCUCCUGCUCCACCCCCUCAAAGACAGUGUCGGGAAAAUGGCGGACGGGCGGUGGUGGGAUUUCUCUGUUUUCUGGAACACUGCUGAUAUCCCCUCUGUCCCUCACCCUUCCCCCUCUCUCUCUCUCUACCUGAAAGACUGAGGGAAGGUAUCGAGCAGUCAGAGCUGUGGACACUGGUCCACUCAGAGGGGCUGGCGGGAAAGGGGGGGAACAGAUGGACAAGCGGACAGACUAACACCAGACACUUUUCUCGUUUCUCCAAGGCGGACUGCAGGCAUGGACUUGUCGAAGAAGAACCCACAUAAAAAGACUGGGUCAUUCUCCUUUUCCAUCUUUGAAAAACAGAUUUCGUACAAAAUAUAUAUAGAAAAGUAAGGAACUCUUGUGAUUGAAUUCUUCUUGAUGGAAUAACAGGUUGAGAAGAAACUCCUUUUUUGUGUGUUUUAAUUGUUUUAUACCCAUGAGGGUAUCAAAAGAGAAUUGUUCCAUUGUUUUAUCACAUACUGAUGAUGUUUUAAUUAACAAAAGUAAAGAAGUUUAAAAUGACUUUUUCAAUUUAAAGACAUACACACGCAAAUGUGCACAGAAAAGAGUUGCGAUAAAUAUCGAACUAUUCCAGGUUGGGUUUGCUUUUUCUCUCCUUUUUCUUUUCUGCUGCAAAGAGAAUGGAAAAAAAUGAUUGUAUGAGCUUGGAUGUAUGAUAUGGUCACAGGUCCUUCAAGAAAUCAAAUGAAUGAAGUUAAGGUGUAUUUUAAGUAGCCUUUGAGUUCAUGUAUAUAAGCUGUAUUCAUUUCUUUAAAGAAAAAAAAAACUACGUAUACCUUUUACGUGUUUUGUUCAUAGGUUUCUGUUUCAAGAAAAAUAUAUUUUAAGCACAUUUUCCUGAAGGAAACGAAUCUGUUUGUCCCUUUAAAUGAGGGACAGAUCCAUAGAAAUCACUAUGGUUCUUAAAAACAGCAGCCACAAUUUAGUUCACUCUCACCCCUUAAAUUACAACAGAUUUCCAUGAAUACGAAAAAGAAAACCAAAGCACUCAUAUUGGGGCUUUUUGGUGAUUGGAUUUGGGUAGUUGGAGGGUUGAGAGCCAGGCGCUGGGUUCAUCCAGCUAGGCACAGAGACUAGACACAGCAUGGUUCCCAAAUGGAUUACAAUGUGAAGCAUGGAGUACAGUACACACAUUUUCCCCCAAAAAAAUGAUAUGGGGGAGGGUAACUUGAGUGAUCUAGUGUUCCCUAUUGAUGGUGAAGAAAGUUGGCCUUGUUGACUAUGCUCUCACGACUAUACCAACAACCUGGGUCGUAUUCAUUAGGCAUGAAAAAUAAAAAAAUAAGUGAUUGACACAGGGAGAGUCUACCCUCCCCCCCUUGUAAAAAUGUUUUGCAGUGUGCACUAAUGAAUGUGACCCCGUUUUGGGAAACGGGACCUUUGACCUUUGCCUCAGAGCAAUACCACCUGUGAUUCUUCAUAGAAGCCCAACAUCACCACUGAGCCUAGUUUUUGAUUCUCACACGCAGCUCGCUCAAACAUUCAUCACUGUACACAAACACAUACCGAUGUCUCAGGAAGGAAUCGUUCUGUAUGCUUUGCUUGUUCUUUGUAAGAGUUUCCACUGUGCUGCACCCCACUGCCUAUCACAAACACUGACACACAUAUGCAUGCUACUGAAUUCUACAACUCUACAAUCACUCGUCUCUGCUAGGCCAGUACUUUGCAGAGAGACUGGUCUGAACAACAAGAGCUAUGAAGAGGAUGUCAAUAUGGAUUCUGUUGGAAUCAUAAAUGUGUUCCUUUUUUUUUCAUUUCUUUAUUUGUACGGUCAAAGCUGCUUUUUUUUUUUACCCUCAAUUUUUCACCUGU